CAUUUGUGACGUCAGCGCUGGCAAAGAACGGGAUACUGGGAGAGCCGGAAGAGUCGCGAGAGCAGAACUGUUCCUCCAUCAGCGCUUCAGGUGUGAACGCACGAGCUGCAUCCACCAGGGGGAUUUCCUUCAAAAACUAGUGUGGACUCUGGUCGGAGCUGCCUUUGUCGUAAGCGUGUGUGUUGCAGUAACGAUGUGGAAGGCAGCAGCAGGACAGUCGGUCAGCGUGGCUGUAGAUGACGAAGGGGACGACUGGGAGACCGACCCCGACUUUGAGAAUGACGUGUCGGAGACGGAGCAGCGCUGGGGGGCCAAGACGGUGGAGGGCUCGGGACAUCAGGAGCACAUAGAUAUCCACAAGCUGCGCGACACAGUGUCCACGGAGCACACCAGCUUGAAGAAGAAGGAGUUGGACAAAAUGCCCAAGGCCUCACAUGGAUAUGGGGGGAAAUUUGGAGUGCAGCAGGACCGCAUGGACAAGUCUGCUGUGGGUCAUGACUACCAGAGCAAGUUGUCCAAGCACUGCUCCCAGACCGAUACCUCCAAGGGCUUUGGAGGGAAGUUUGGAGUGCAAGCUGACCGCGUCGACCAGUCAGCUGUUGGGUUUGAGUAUGCCGGGAAGACGGAGAAGCAUGCUUCGCAGAGAGACUACACCACUGGGUUUGGGGGGCGAUACGGCGUGCAGGCAGAUCGUGUCGACGAGAGCGCAGUGGGCUUCGAUUACCAGGGCAAAACCGAGAAACAUGAUUCCCAGAAAGAUUACACCAAGGGCUUUGGCGGCAAGUUUGGUGUUGAGACCGACAAGGUGGACAAGAGUGCCAUGGGCUUCGAGUACCAGGGCAAAACUGAGAGGCACGAGUCACAGAAAGACUAUGUGAAGGGCUUUGGAGGCAAGUUUGGCGUGCAGACGGACAGACAGGAUGCCUCGGCGCUGGGAUGGGACCACCAGGAGAAACUGCAGCUCCACGAGUCCCAGAAAGACUAUAAGCGUGGGUUUGGAGGGCAGUAUGGGGUAGAGAUGGAGAAGCAGGACCAUUGUGCCCUGGGCUAUGAGCACAAGGAGAGCCUGGCUAAGCACGAGUCUCAGAAAGAUUAUUCUAAAGGAUUUGGAGGGAAGUUUGGUGUCCAGAAUGACCGGAUGGAUAAGAGCGCUGGGACCUUUGAGGAUGUGGUGAAGCCGGCCCCGGCUUACCAGAAAACCAAACCUGUGGAGGCUGCCGGCAGCAGCACAGGAAGCAUCAAGGCGCGCUUCGAGAACAUCGCCAAGCAGAAGGAGGAGGAGGACAGGAAGCGGGCCGAGGAGGAGCGAGUGCGCCGACAGGCAAAGGAGAAGCAGGAACAGGAGGAGGCGCGCCGUAAGAUGGAGGAGACGGCCAAGUCCCCCUCCCCGGUCCCGGCUGCCAGUCCCAGUCCCAGUCCCAGCCCGGCUCCCCCGCUCCAGGCAGCCGCCGCCCCGGCAUACCAGAAGACGUCCAGCGUGUCCCACGAGGCUGCCGAGGAGAACGGAGAGCCGCUGUACGAGGCGGAGCCGCAGAUCCCCGACGCAGAGCCCGAGGACCUGUACCAGACCCCCGAGGAGACCACCGCGGCAGCAGACAGCCAGCUGUACGAGUACGGCGAGGACGUCGGGCUGACGGCGGUGGCCCUGUACGACUACCAAGCAGCCGGCGACGACGAGAUAUCCUUCGACCCCGACGACAUCAUCACCAACAUCGAGAUGAUCGACGAGGGCUGGUGGCGGGGCGUGUGCAGAGGCGCCUACGGCCUGUUCCCCGCCAACUACGUGGAGGUCCGGCAAUGAGGACGCCCCGCCGACAGCAAACGGAGGCCGGAGACUAUUUGGAAUCCUCCUUUUUCACCCUUUGGUCUUCUCUCUCAUCACCUCAUGUUCCCGAGACGUCUGCAGGUCUCCCAGCCGGCUUUCUUCUGCUCAGUUUUUCCAUCCCUCCGCUACACGUUCCUCUCCCAGACCCCGUUGAUUCUCUCCGCGCGGCGUCCGACGGGGAGCGCCAUCUCCGAACGACUC